GUAACCAGUGGCGCUGUUAUUGGACUACCGGACAGGUGAUCUCGUCCCUAGUCCGGAGUUAGUGCCAGGUGUUGUUUGUUGAUUGUCACAGACAUAGAGAAGGAAGCGACAAAUCGAUAGCUGCUUCUUCAAGAUAGAAGAGUGUAAUAAUGUCCCAUUAGAGCCGUGUAACCUAGAGCCGUCAGCAGGAGACGGUUUAAUGGAGUCCGGCACACAUGCCACACGCGUGUAAAGGAUCAUAAACCCCACGGGACUUAGAUCGGUAAACAUGUCUUCUCUAACGGACCCGAACGCGCUGGAGAUUCUGUCAGGGAUGUUUCCACAGGGCAGGGUCCCCAAUAUACCCGCCCGAGUGGUACGAGUUUUCCUGGGAGCUUCAAGACCAGAUACAAUAGCUGAGCGUGAUGUGAUCACAAAGCGUGUCUACCCAGAGCUGAGGGAGUACUGUAGGAACAGACAUGGCGUCGAGUUCCAGAUGGUUGACCUUGAAUGGGGAACGUCACCUUCAAAUCCAAAUAUCGACAACACUCUUCCUGACUUUAAGCUUAGAGAGUUACAGCGAUGCCAGAGGAGUUCUGCAGGCCCCAACUUUGUGGCGUUUAUUGGGCAGAAGUAUGGAGAACGAUUACUUCAUUCCUCGAUUCCAGCCCAGGAAUUCGAUACUUUACGCAUGACACUUCAUAAUCAUAGAGGAAGAGAAACUCGAAACGCCCCUAUACUGGACACGUGGUACACUAGGGACGACAACUCUGUGGCACCAGUCUACGUGCUUAGGGCAAUUGGUGAUAUCAUACCGGAGUAUAACGAGGAUGGAGAUCGACGAAGGGAGGGUAUAACUAAAUGGUUCGAGGUAAAAACGGAGAUGAGACGACUCUUCCGGAAGGCUGCUGACUAUUGUUAUCUCGAAGGGCAGAUUACCAAGGAAACAAAGAACAAAUACUCCAUGUCAGAGUUGGAUAGUCAUCUUCAUCAAGGCUUUGAAGAGUCUGACAACCCUCUCAAUAAGUGUACGCUGAUCCUCCGAAACAUCGUCGAUCUUAAGAACUAUUUAGAUGACCCCAAAGCAAAAAUGUUUGCUGAAGUUGCAUACAAUGAAAAAUACGAGCAAUUUGAGUUAGAAACGGAAUCAACACAGAUGCUUACUAAGAUGAAAGAGGAUGCCGUUUCCAUGGUAGCGCCGAACAUACUAUCGUACGAUGUCUUGUGGCGUUACGAUGACGUCAUCAGUCCAGAGUUACACAAAGACUACCUGGACCAACUGUAUUCUGAGUUCAGCCUACUUAUGAAGGAGUUAGUCGACCGCUCAGUCCCAACAACGGUGUACGACUUCCAGUCUGAUAUCGUGGAGGAAGCCCUGUAUCAUUGGCUAAGAUGUCAGGAUAUUGCCAGGACCUUCUGUGGUAGAGAGGAGGAAUAUGGCCUUCUCACCGAAUACCUCCUAGGGACAUUCAAUCAGCCCGUCGUCGUGUUCGGCCCACCGGGUGCCAGUAAGACGUCCUUGCUGUCAAAGAUUGCCAUGGAGACUCAGGAAAUUGUACCAGGGGAAGUAAUCAGUGUGAUAAGGUAUAUAGGUUUCACCCCACGGAGCGCCGAUCUCAAACAGCUUUUAUCAGGCAUAUGUACUCAAAUUCUAGUCUCCCUCAAGCGUGACACAACGGAAGUUCCUCAUGACUUCAAAGAUCUGCAGAAGUUUUUCCUCAGUGUAAUCAAGACGAUUCCUUCUCACGUAACCUUGGUGCUUUUUCUGGACAGUGUAGACAACAUUUUACCUGAUUACAGCGCCCACUUCAUGUCCUGGAUGCCAAAUCUACUGAAUCGCAACGUUAAAAUCGUGAUAUCUACUCAUCCUGAGAAGAACCAGAUCCUCUCAGCAAUGAAACAGGAUAUAAUCAGAAACGACAAGGCAUUGGUUGAGAUGAAGCCAUUAUCUAUAGAGGAUGCCGAACGGAUGCUGGUGUUUUUCCUUGGUCAGUAUGGGAGACGAAUCAGUACAUCGCAGAUGGAAGUGUUCAAAGAAGCUAUGAACAACUGCUCUCUACCGAUGUACGUUAGUCUGUGUGCGGAACAUGCCAAAAUGCUCCAUUCUAGUGACGAAAUCAGUUUAAAAACACUUCCAAAAAAUAUACACGAGGCAAUAAAUUUACUGUUGGACGGUCUGGAAAUAUCCUACGGUGCACCUUUUGUUUCCAAAGCUAUGGCAUACAUAGUUGCGUCCGUAACCGGUUUGAGUGAUUGUGAGAUCGAGGAUCUUCUGUCUUUGGAUGAAGAUGUAAUGUCUUCGCUGUAUAUCGACUAUCAUCCGUCCAUUAGACGACUUCCUUCACUGAAAUGGCUUCGUCUGAAAGAUGACAUCCGAAGGUUUUUGAUUGUUCGUGAAGUGGAUGGAGUGACAGCCUGCUGCUUUCGACAAGAGGAAUUCAACACAGUUAUUAAAGGGAGAUAUCUAUGUAGUAACGAAACAGCAAGGCAGGUUCACUCUAUGAUGGCAGACUACUUUCUUGGUACAUGGCACGGUAAACCUAAGCCAAUAAAUCAAGUCUCGUCAACAGAUGAACAAAGUAACAAACGAGUCUUUGGAAAAGAAGCAGACCGAUUUGUUCCGUCACAGCCACUCACUUUCUUUCAUGAAAGAGGAUCGGUGAGAUUCAACAGGAGGAAGUACGACUAGGUGCCAAGACAUUUGUAUCUGGCAGAUCGACUGAAGGAGCUCAAUCAACUGGUCUUGUUCAACUACGAGUGGAUGUACAACAAAAUCAAAGCUCUGUCGUUGCAGCAUAUCAUGGCAGACUUUGCCUUGAACCCUGGUGUCGAGGCCACGCUCGUAGAAGAAGCACUAAGAGUUGCAGAAUCCGUAAUCGAAUACGACAUCAAUAAUCUCUCUCCUGAAAUAUCAGGCCACCUGCUGCCAUAUUAUGGUAAAAUGGCAAAUAUCCGUGCUCUUCUCCGUCAGUGUGAUACAGAUGGACUGAAACACUGUGCACUGAUCCCGAAUUUCCCAUACUUACAAGUCCCUGGAAGCUCUCUGAUCUGCACACUCGAUACAGGCAUCACAGGAGAAUUCUUUCAACUUUUCCAUGAUGAUCGGAUCCUGUUGAUCAAACAAAGAGACAGUUCCCAUAUACACGUUUACGACAUGGCGGUAGGAGAGAAAAAGAAAAGCAUAUUCACAUCUAAUGGUGCUUUACAUACGACUCCUGAUGGAAGAUACUUUGUAGUAGUUGACCAUGUCACCGAAAAGGCUGUUAAAAUACACAGUUCAGCUACAGGAGACUUUGUUGGGCAACUCAUUGUGCUCAAUCAUAUCACGCUCAAACCCAAGGAAAAGUACAAGAUGGGAGACAUCAGCAUAACUAAUGACCGAAUCUGCUUGGUUGUAACCACAGACUCAAGUUAUCUCUGUAUCGCAGAUAUUGAGUCUUGUCAUUUCUUGCAAAUUAUCAGUCUUGACGGCAGAUCUGACCUAUGCAGAAUAACGCCAAACGGAAAAUUCGUCUUCUGCAAUUCAAACGAAUUUCUUCUUGGAUACGACUUGUACACUCUGGAACAUACUUGCACAUUUUCCCUGGGAAAUCGACCCAAUUCCAUGACAUUCAGCAAAGAUGGCUUUCGUGGAUAUUUGUCUAGCGCUUUCGAGACGAAGCUGCUAGUUAUGCACUUGCACCGGGGAGCAGUAGAAAUGGCUUAUAAAACAGUGCUUGAAGAGGAAAUGCCUGACGACACGAUCAUGCAACUUAAAAUUUCCCCGAAUGAUGACACUGUGCUGAUUCGUGGCCUGAACACUAUUCUCGUUUACAGCAGAUUUAACGAGAAAGUAAUGGCACGAUUUCCGAGACCAAAGGACAUUCCAAAAGAAUUCAAGCUGCCAAAGAGCCACUUCAUCGACUUGUUCUUCACAGCGGCUGAUUAUACUCGGGAUGGUAAGUUUGUGAUUGGGACCAUCUUCCGUAACAUCUAUCUGUGGCAGAUCUCCACUGGUAAUCAGGUGACCAGUAUCCAGGCUCCUGUUGGCAUCAUCACGGAACUGCUAGUGUCAACCAAAAGAAGUCAGAUUGUUACUCAUAUUCAGGGUGCAAGCAACAUCCAGUUGUGGAACAUCGACGAGGCUGUCAAUCAGGUGGAUAUGCUUGAUCGUCUCACAGGAGCUAUUGCCGCUGUUCGAGUAACAAGUGAUAGUUCUAUUGCAUACGUCAUGUGCAAGAACAGUGAUGAAAUUGGCGUCAUCGACAUGCGCAAUGGAUCAAUGUUAGAUCUUCUAACACACGACAGUCCCGUGAAUGACUUUGCCAUUACACCUACUGGCAGUUACGUCCUGGUGUCCACUUUGUCCAAGAAAUUAAAUAUGGCGACCAGGCUUUGGGACAUGACAGAACGAAGAAUCAUCAAGGAGUUUGGAAACACGUCUGGUCAUUGCAUAAGCGCUCACACUGAUGCCUAUAUGAUCUUCGUAGCCCAAGAACAGCACAACUUCAAGGCACCAUUUUACAUCACACUAUUCAAGUUUGUGGGGGAUACCUUCCACGAGUACACCCAUCCACUUGCCCUAAAGUACAUUCUUGGCAAGCCGUUUCUUACCAGCGACGACAAGCACCUGGUUGUGCUUACAGCUCAGGAUUAUAUACAACUAACUGCAUCAUACGAUACGCCAAUCAUCUGUUCGUUUGCAAUGGAAGAGGACAUGCGCGUCUCCUACUUCACUCCUGAGAGUUUCCAAGGAACUGCGAACUUGUCGAAGAUCGUGGAUGUCAAACCAUGCCCGAAGAAUCCUUACACCAUAGCAGUUAUGUACGAGUCAAAUGCGUCAUUUGAUAUCAACGAAAACGCCACAACGAAUGGUAUCUCCAAGGUGACCCAUGGACUGCUCAUCCUUGAUAUUUGUAGUGGGUCAAUGAUUGCAAUGUGUGAUCCCUUCAUGACAAAUUCUGUGUCAAUAGACACCGGACUUGUAUAUGCCAGUGACUUUGAGUUUUGCCUCGACAUGAAUUCAAAUUAUUACGACAUCACACAAUGUUGUUACCGUGGGCAGUUGCCAAACCCUGGCGUGAAACCGAGUCUUACGGCGCUCAACGAUUCCGUCGUUGUGUAUUACAACGACUGCGUUCUUUACGCAUGCAGAAUCUCUGACGGCAAACAAAUUGCAACGUGCAAUGUCCAUGCCAAAAUAUGUCAUUUACAUCUAUGUAAAAACGAUCGCACUAUAAUAGUAGGGUGUAAUGAUGGAACUAUUGCGUCAUAUGUACUUAUUGAUCCUGAUCAUGAAGUACCCACUGAUGUCAUACAAACGCUACGAAGUCGGCAAAUAGAACUAGCGGACGAUGUGGAUGGAAGACUGUCCCGGUCCUGGGAUAAGAUUGAGAGCGGUGGUCACUCUCCUCAGUCCCGUCCAACCUCUGGUAUGAUAGGCGCCAGCCCCAAAGACAAGAUUCUGCUGAAACGGGUGAAGCCAGUCCCCAAAGUGUGUCCUAGCUCCGACACCUUUAUGUAUCUAAAUGCCAACUCAAAAUCUUGUUCAGUGAUGUAAAUAUCUUUACCUGGUUCAAUUGAUCCUUAUUAUUCUUCAAUGUGUUCAAAAUGUGUAAAUUGAUGAACUCGAAUGAAUAACCAAUAUAUUAUAAUAGGGUAUUAAUGUAGUGUGUGCCAAUAUCCUAAACAGAUCUGUGAUACUAGCUAGUCAUGUAUAUCCUUAUUCUAAACGCUUUGUUUUUGUAAUAUACCUCAGUACGCGUUAGACGUUAACUAAGGGAGAUAACUUUUAUUGAUUAAGAGUGCGAGCUUCUGGACUCAAUUGUGAACCUUUUAAUAUCAAUUGCAUUUUGUAGUGUACAUUCGUAGUUUAUUAUCCCCUGGAUUUAUAUGAUUUGUUUUUGUACUAUUGUAUUUUAUCAUAUGGGGGUGAUACAAUGUCUUAGCCUAGUUCAUAAUGCAAUAUUUCAAAUGUGAUAAUUUAGAGACGUGUACAGCGGCGUACCUCUGAUCUCAAAAUCAAAUUAGUCAUUAGACAGUAAGUGUAUCAAUUCUAGCGGAUUCGAGUUGUCUUCUGAGGUCGUGAUCAAGAGAUAAAUGACUAUUUAUAGGUCUGUUUGGAUUGUUGCAAUAUGCAGUCGAAACAAAACCAAAGUGUUGCUAUAUAACAUGCACAAUGUUGAUUCGAUUAAUAGUCAUUCACAGAAGCAGCACUCUUUUAAUUUGAAGAUAGUAAUGUAUUGCUCAAUGCCAAAUUUUUGAGUCAGUUGACCUCUUUAGAAAUUUGUACUAAACAAAACAAAACCAGAUUGGAGGUAACGUACGCGAUUUUACUCGUUCUGCUUUUAGGAAGCCGUGUCAGCUAAAUCUAAAUUUUCGCUGAAGCAAGAGCGACUGUGAUAUCUGUAAAAUGUCGUUAUAUCAUGAUAUUGUAUUUAUCGGCAAAUAUGAGAAAUUUAAAAUAUUCAUGAUAGUCUUUAUUUUGCAUUUUAGGACAGCUUUAUAGGCACAUAUUUUAUAAAAAUUGUGACAAAACGUUUAAGAAACAAGCAAACACAUUAUUUUACAUUGUAAUGUAUAAACAGCAAUGUAUCAAUGUAGGUCAGUUUAACAGUUUAAGGAUUGUUACAAAAAGUUUCUGAAUGUACUGUCGCUUUUGAUACAAUAUAAAAACAACAUUGACACAGUCUUCUUAUGAAUAGACGUGAGUAUAAGGUUAUUUAUUCGUUGCUCAACAAUGUUUAGACUGGCGUCUACAUAUGUAAGUUGUAUGUUGUAACAUAUUAUCAUUACAUCAUCUACAUGCAAGAGAUUCGAUAACAAAACAAUAUAAUUAUGAAAACUAUGCAUACAAAUAUUGAAUAACCAUUAUCUGCUGGCUUACUCUAAUUGUAUUAUAUUGAAAUGUAAUGGAAGCACCAUGUCCAAAGCUUUCCUUUAUGACGCCAAUGUUUGAUCUUAGUGGCUGUGACGGUGUAGACAUGCUAAUGGUACUUAAUACACGAUUUUGUAUAAGUCUCCCUACAUGUUACGCCGAGAACUAUAAUAAAUAUUUAACACAUAUAGUUUAAAUA